AUGGCCGCACAGGAACGACUGAUGAAUCCUGAGGUGUGUAAGCAGUCAUUUAUAAAUCCUAAAGGAGACAUGAACAAGGAUAAGUCGGGGCCCAACACGCUGGUAGCUUGCUCAGUUCCAGCCUUAAUAAGUAAACGAAAAAAGCAAAACAAGACGCACUCAACUCAUUCUGCUAAUUUAUCGAAUUUAGCACCCAUUCCUCAUCAGCCACAGCCAGCAGAUAAUGAUUUUAACACACUAAACCUAGCUUUAUUAAAUGUCAGGUCUUUGGCAGGAAAAACAUUUUUAAUCAAUGAUUUUAUUAUCAGGCACGAUCUUGAUUGUCUGUUCUUAACUGAAACCUGGUUAGAUCAAAACAACAGUGCUGCUGUUCUUAUUGAAUCAACUCCUCCCAACUUCAGUUUUAUAAGUGAGGCCAGAGUGCAUAAGAAAGGAGGAGGAGUGGCUGUUCUGUUUAAUGAUUCCCUCCAAUGCAAGCAGAUAUCUUAUGGAAACUUUGCCUCCUUUGAAUAUGUGGCUGUUAAGUUGAACUCUUCUUCCCGAGUUAUGUUCCUAAAUGUCUACAGGCCACCUAAAUACUGUGCAGCCUUUUUUGACGAAUUUUCUGAACUACUGUCUACAAUCUGUAUUGACUUUGACUGUGUAGUUAUUGUUGGUGAUUUUAACAUUCAUGUUGACAAACUCCAUGACAAAGGGACUAAAGAACUGUAUUGUGUCAUUGAUAACUAUGGACUGAAUCAGCAUGUGACGGAGCCCACACACAACAAAGGUCACACUCUGGACUUAGUCAUGUCCAAGGGUGUUAGCAUUUCUAAGGUUGUUGUGAUUGAUGCUGCCCUCUCUGAUCAUUCCUGUGUUUUCUUUGAGAGUGCUAUCUCUGUGCAGACUAAUGUUCAAAGAAAAGUAAUCACAAAACGGUACAUAACAGAAAACAUCUGUGGAACAUUUAUUCAGGCUUUCUCCUCCACGCCCACUCUCCCUUGGGUCUCAGUAAAUGAGCUUGUCGAUAAUUUCAAUGUGAAAAUUACAAAUAUUAUUGAUGCCAUUGCACCCACUAAGGUGAAAGUGGUCCCUGGCAAAAAGAAGUCUCCAUGGAGAAACGCCACGUUGGUAAAAAUUGAAAAAAGAAAGUGUCGGAAAGCUGAACGUAGGUGGCGGAAAACAAAUCUCCAGGUUCACUAUUACAUUUAUAAAGAAAGACUUCGAAUCUACAACUUGGAACUGAGAAAUGCAAGGCAUUCCUUCUUCUCUGACAUCAUUGCCAAAAACAAUAAUAAUGCACGGGCCUUGUUUACUACUGUCGACAGGCUAACAAACCCUCCUGUGUCAACGUCCCUUCUCUCAGGUGUCUUCCCACAGGCCCUGAAAACUGCUGUUAUCAAGCCUCUCUUAAAAAAGAAAAACUUAGACACUUCACUACUGAACAAUUAUAGGCCAAUAUCAAACCUCCCAUUUCUCAGUAAAAUCAUUGAAAAAGCUGUUUUUAAGCAGCUGAACAAUUUCAUGUUAAUGAACAGCUGUUUUAAUGUCUUCCAGUCAGGAUUUAGACCACACCACAGCACCGAGACGGCUCUUGUUAAGGUCUUCAAUGACAUUCACUUAAACACAGACAAUGGCAAAAUUUCAGUCUUAGUAUUACUAGAUCUCAGUGCUGCAUUCGACACAGUCGAUCACAACAUAUUACUAGACCGUCUGGAAAACUGGGUGGGACUUUCGGGCACAGCAUUAAAAUGGUUUGAAUCCUACUUGAAGGACAGGGACUACUUUGUGUCUAUAGGUAAUUACACAUCUGAGCGUGCAAAAAUUACAUGUGGAGUUCCCCAGGGCUCCAUUCUGGGGCCUCUUCUGUUUAACAUCUACAUGCUUCCACUGGCUCAGAUCAUGAAAAACAUCAAAAUAUGUUACCAUAGUUACGCAGACGACACACAAAUCUACAUAACAAUAUCACCAGGAGACUAUAGUCCAAUACAAGCACUGAGUAGAUGCAUUGAGCAAAUCAACGAUUGGAUGAACCAGAAUUUUCUCCAAUUAAACAAAGAAAAGACUGAAAUAAUUGUUUUUGGAGCCAAGGAAGAACGAUUAAAAGUUAGCACCCAGCUUCAAAUGGUAAUGCUAAAAACAACAAACCAAGCCAGAAACUUAGGAGUAGUCAUGGACUCAGACCUGAACUUCAACAGCCACAUAAAAACAGUCAUAAAGUCAGCCUACUAUCACCUAAAGAAUAUAUCAAGGAUUAAAGGACUUGUGUCUCAGCAGGAUUUGGAAAAACUUGUCCAUGCAUUUAUCUUCAGCAGGCUCGACUACUGUAACAGUGUCUUUACAGGUCUCCCUAAAAAGUCGAUCAGACAGCUGCAGUUAAUUCAGAACGCUGCUGCUCGAGUCCUCACUAAGACCAAAAAAGUAGAUCACAUUACUCCAGUUCUGAGGUCUUUACACUGGCUUCCUGCCUUUCAAAGAAUUGAUUUCAAAAUACUACUGUUGGUUUACAAAGCACUGAAUGGUUUAGGGCCAAAAUACAUUUCUGAUCUUCUGCUUAGCUAGGAACCACCCAGACCUCUCAGAUCGUCUGGGACAGGUCUGCUCUGUGUCCCCAGAGUCAGAACUAAACAUGGAGAGGCAGCAUUUAGUUUUUAUGCACCACAUAUCUGGAACAAACUCCCAGAAAACUGCAGGUCUGCUGCACCUCUCAGCUCUUUUAUAUCUAGAUUGAAGACUUUUCUAUUUGUCCAUUUGCACGUUCAGAUUUCAUGA